AUGCUUGUUUCCCCUCCCUUGAUAAGCUGUGCUGCUUCGUCGUCUGAAUUCAUUUCCGGUUUCCCUAUUCCUGAGCAAGCUUUCGCUGUAACAAUGGUUCGCUCAACCAGUGCCCUCUCCACUCUCAUGCCACUUCUCUUGGUCCUUUCAACAAUGGCUCAGUCUCCUUCAUCUUCACCUUCACCUUCUCCUACGAGAUCACCACCCUUGAUUUCUCCACCACCGGCGUCUGCGCCACCUCCGGUUCCUUCUCCGUCCUCUGUGAUGACCUCACCUCCCGGGCCUCCUCCAUUGGCUCCUUCUACUCCCUCUGUAAUCUCCACGCCACCAGCCGGAGCUCCUGCCCCCUCUGUCAAUGCCGGUGCUUUCAACAGGUUUUCUGUCGGCGGAUCGGUGGCUGCCGGGCUCUUUGCGGCGGUUUUGGUCAUGUAGAGUGUUGGGUUGCAGUUACUUUUGACCACUUUUUCCUUCUUUGUUAACUGUGGUGUGGUCGUUGUAGUUUCAUUUUAUUUUGAGGUUGAGGGAUUUCUUCACCGGCUGUACGAUGUUUAUUUGAUCAUAUAUUAUUAAUGUUGCAUCUUUAAUUGUCUUCUAAACUAGGGUUGAUAAUAAGAAGAAAAUAUUAUAAAAAUGUUAAAUUUGUCA